AUGGGGCUGCAUCUGGGCGAUUUCAGCGUCGAUGUCUCCGAUCUGGAGAAGAUGCGGACGUUUCCCAGUUCCGUCCCUCUCCCUGACUUGGACGGUGAUCUCGAGUUCCUCGACUUCUUCGAUCCCUUUCUGGGUCUACCUGCCAAGCAGGUUGAAGCGUUUACACUACCUUCUCUCAACACGGACGGUUGGUCCCCCUUGGAGAAUUUCUCCGGUUCCAGCCAGACUUCCAUGCAGGACUAUGGCUUUCAGCAGAGCCACCUUCUAGGCACGAAUGAAUCGCCCUCGGUCGACGAUAGCAGUCAAACGUGGGGACCCGCAAUCCACACAGAGCCCAAUGCCCCUAAAUACGCGGCCGCGUGGGACGACGCGUCGGGACAGGCGUUUGUGACAACCCGUGCCGAACCAGAGGGUUCAUCGAGCUUACAUAUUCCGCCAUCGAAGAAUUCGAAGCAGCCACCGCUUGUCUUUACAGAGUCGAUGAGAUACCAUUUAUUCCAAGACCUCUCAAGCAGGCUAAGUCCUGAGGAAGUGAGCAACUUCCGACUACCCACCGCCGCUGCGCUUCAGAAAUGCAUUCGGACAUACGUGGACGCCUUCCAUGUCCACCUGCCCAUAUUCCAUAUUCAAACCAUGGAUUUCGAGAGCACACCAGCUCCCCUGGUCCUCGCGAUAUGCGCAAUCGGCGCCCAGUAUCGCCUUGAAAGGAAGGUAUCUGCCUCGCUAUACCUAAAGGCUGAUCAAGCGCUCGCAGCCGCCGUUGUCGACCGUGGGGACAAUCUUCACAAGAAGCCACGGUUGCUAGAAGAUUGGGUUCGGCCAGGACCUCGGGUCCGGAAGUCGACGCCUGAUGCUCUCUGGCAGAGUCAAACUCGCCUUCUACUUGCCAUGCUUAGCUGCUUUGGUGGUGACACAGAAGUAAUCUCGAAGGCUAUCGUGCAUCUUGGUGACUUCCUGAUAGACUUUCGCGAGCUCGCACCCAUUGUACGGUUUCGGAGAACUAAAGAAGGGCCACUGACAUGGCGAGAAUGGAUCGAAAGAGAGAGCGUCAAAAGGGUACUCUACGGCCAAAUAAUGUUCGGCAAUCUUGUCACAAUGACAUAUGGUAUCCCGCCCGGAUACUCGGUGGUCUCGGACGGUUACAUCGAGAUGCCGUGCGAUCAGUCACUGUGGGACGCGCUCACAGAAGACCAGUGGCACGAAGCCGCCCUACGGAAAGGCCAGAGCUCACCGCUCAAUGUCAAAGACGCGGUCUCGAUGGUGAUGAAUGGAAAUGCGACGAACAGCGUGCCACAAGAGUGCUGGGAGUGGUCUCCUCUUGCUAUCACUGUUGUGAUCAACGUGAUAUCCAUCCACAUCUGGCACAUCACGCAAGGCUCGUAUUUCUUCGGCGGGUUCUUGAGCCCGGGACAGGUGGACGACACACAAAAGCCACAAACCCUUGCACAAACUGAAGCCGCACUUUCGAGAUGUCGUGCUCUGAUCACGCAAGCCAGCUCUGAUGCAGACUACCCAUGGACAGAGGCCGAGACACCGCUGCUGUUCAACUGCCUAGCGCUUUUGCGUGUCAGCUAUUGUCGGGCAUUUACAGGGCACAGCGCAGCAGAUUCGAUGAUGUUACUUAAGGAAAGCCAGGAUGAAUUUACGGCUUCCAUCGAAGAUUUCGUGGCGAUGCCGCAGAAUCGAGGCAGCCUGGUCGCCCGAGCUGUGAGCCGAGCAUUCGAAGGCAUGCUGAUACCUUACAAAGCGGGGACGAUGCUCAUCAAGAAGACGGCUGCCCUUACUUGGGCUGUCGGUCAUGCUUUGGCAGGGUGGGAAGUCGCACUACUGGUCACGAAAUGGGUACACGCCAUCGAAGUCGAGACGCGAACGGGCAAAGGCGGUCCCAUCAGCGAGCUCGAGGCGCAGACCAUGCAGGCGGUAAAAUGUCUUCUUUCAGAGGUGGAGGACGGAUUCGACACCGAGACGGAGCCUUCAUUAGCCUCUAAGCUGGCGCGAUAUUGGGCGGGAUUCUAUGACGAUACCUGGGUGUGGGGUGUCACUCCACGCAUGGCGAAUAUCCUGCGGGAGCUGGCGAUGUGCUAUGAGAGCAAGCUGGCAGCUUUGUGA